AUGUCAAGAACUAUGAGUUUUCUAACUUCUUAUCGCAAUAAUAACAAUAAUACAAUUGUUAAAAAACAAAAACCGAUCAAAUGCGUCGAUGAGCUUCCCGACGCAGUUCUCAAAAAUGUCUUCAAAUAGUAAGUUUUCAUUUUUUUUUUCUUUUCCGGGUCCCCAGUUCCCAUGAUCAUUAUUAUCAGUCACUUUUUGUUCGCAACUAACUAAUUAUCAUACAAAGUUAAAAUGCAUGACAAAAGGUUUCCCCGUGAGAAUUUCUCGAAAAUGCCAUUCAAAAAUUCGUUAUCUAAUCAUUUUUCUCCUCCAUAACUCUUUUUUUUUCGCCUAAACCAUUUCAUUUCUUUUUAUUAUAGUUGCGAUUUGGUCGAUUUAUCGCGUUGUUCUCUCGUAAAUCAUCGUUUCCGUGAACUUAUCGAAGAUAUGGAAGACAGUCGAACUGAACCAAUCAGAUGUUCACAAAAAGCUCGUAUUUUUGUGUGUGAUCGAAGACGAGCAAUUUUGGAAGGAGUUUCGAGUUAUAAAGCUGUUCGAUUACCAAGAUAUGAUGCUAAAGGACAGCGAAUUCUUAAAAAGAGAACAACUUCAACUGGAACGGUAAGUCGGGCAAAAAAAUAAUUAUAAGGAAAAAGGGGAAUGAGCAAAGUACAUACAUCUCAUAUAUAAGUAUAUUAUUAUUAUAGAAUUCAUCUGAAGAAAGCAGCGAAGAAAGAGUCCCAAAUAAAGUUCAAAAUACUUUGCCAUUUAUUUGUGAACAAUAUGCCGAUAAUAAUCAAUCAAAUUGGGCAUUUCAAUUUGAUUUUCUUCCAUGGACCGCAAAAUAUGAGAUUUAUGAAAUCUUCCUUCGCAAUUUCUGCUCAUUUUUUGACCGAGAACAAUCAGAAAUGGAAAUGAAUUUUGGAAAUGGACGAACACCAUCACCACCAAGAUCAGGAGAAACUCGCAGUUAUGAUAAAUUACCUUCCUCACAAUCAAAUAUGGCCGAGCCACCUAUCACAAGUUUGACACAUAAGGAUAUUGAAGCAUUGAAAGAAAUGUCAUUGGGACGAGUUGAAAGAUUGGCUGAAAAUAUGAAGCAUUUGAGAAAUGUUCAUUGUGUUUUCAAAGAUUCUUGUUGUUAUGCUUCAAGACCUCCAGUCACAAUGUUCUGGUUCCUUACAAUGUAAGUUGUUUAUUCGAAAUUUCCCAAAAAAUAUAAGUAUUUUGAUUUUUGUAGGAUGCGCUCACAAGUUUCCCGAAUCACAUUUGAUAGAUGCCAAGCAUCAGUUCCAGUCGAAGCUCACGAAGUUCUUCAUCUCGCAAAUAUUCACCGACUCACAGUAAUUCAACCAGAUUCAAUGAAACCAGCAAUGGUUAUCCGACCAAAACUUCUCAUCAAUUGGCUUCAUCUCGCUGAACCACUUCGUAAAAAGAUUUCAAUUCAUUUGACUGGUUGCAAAGAAAUGACACCAAAAGGUCUCGCCGCAUUCGUUGCCGCCUGGAAAGCUCGACCAACACCAGCCAUUUUCUCACAAAUUUCAAUCGAUGGAAAUUCCUACAAAUACAAUGAUUUUGUGAAUGAAUUGGAAUUAUUGCAACACGAAAAUGAACGAGAACCACCAAUUUCACCAUAUUCAAGAAGUUUUGUCGAAGAAAAUGCGCAUGCUGUUGUUUUGGAAAAAGUUCUCGUAAUUCAUCACUCAAAAGAUUACAAAAUGAUGUUGAGAUUCAAAUAUUGCAAACCAUCGCGAAGAAUGGUUUUAACUUGUGAAGUAGAUCAUAUUGUUGAACUUCAAUCUCUUUCGCCAGUUUCCACAUUUUCAAGAUUAAGUAUUGGCGGAGGAAGAUCGAAUAAUGGAUCAUCAUCAACACUCAAUGAAAUCCGAAGUGUUCCAUCGCUUUACUCAUUGUCUCCAAAUAACACAACAAUGAAUACAGAAGAUAAACGAAGUGAGUUUGAAAUUUUUAAAUAAAUUUUUCACAAAUAUCAAAAUAAUAUUUUGCAGUUAACCGAACGAUUUCUCAAACAACAAUGCGAAUUGCAUCACAAGGAUGUCGCGAAUCUGGUUCAAUUGUUUCAACUCCAUCAUUUGUCAACAAAUUGAUCCGUCUUUUAUCCUCAUCAAACUAA